UUCUCCCUUUAGCGGUGAAGGUGCAACAGUAAUCGGUCGUCCCGAGUCCGGGUUCAUCCGACACCCUCACCAACCAAGCUGAACUGAGCUCAACCACCACAGCAGCAACAUGCCUCCCAAAUUCGACCCCAACGAGAUUAAAGUUGUGUACAUGAGGUGCACAGGAGGAGAAGUUGGAGCCACCUCAGCCCUGGCCCCCAAAAUCGGACCUCUGGGUUUGUCUCCCAAGAAAGUUGGUGACGACAUCGCCAAGGCCACCGGUGACUGGAAGGGCCUGAGGAUCACCGUGAAGCUGACCAUCCAGAACAGACAGGCAGUGGUCGAGGUCGUUCCCUCUGCGUCCGCUCUGAUCAUCAAGGCUCUGAAGGAGCCUCCUCGUGACAGGAAGAAGGUCAAGAACAUCAAGCACAGCGGGAGUGUGUCCUUCGAUGAGAUUGUGAACGUCGCUCGCAUUAUGAGGCCUCGCUCCAUCGCCAGGGAGCUCUCUGGAACCAUCAAAGAGAUCCUGGGAACCGCUCAGUCUGUUGGCUGCACCGUCGACGGACGUCCUCCCCACGACGUCAUCGAUGACAUCAACAGCGGCAAAAUCGAGUGUCCAUCUGAGUAAACUGAGGACGGAAAUAAAAUGUUCACAAAAAACGA